AUGGAGCCUGUACUCAUUGUGGGCGCGGGCAUCGUCGGCCUGACCCUCGGCCAGGCCUUGAAGCAGAAGAACAUUCCCUUCGAAAUUUACGAGCGUGAUGAAAGCCCAGAGGCGCGCGGCCAAGGAUGGGCUAUCACCCUUCACUGGGCUCUGAAAUAUAUGCCGGAAAUGUUGCCAGAAGAUACCCUGGCGCGUAUUCGAAAUAUUCAGGUUGACCCUGACGUGGCGCGGAAAGACAGCGGAAAUUUCCUGUUUAUCAAUCUCCAGACUGGCCAGCCCAAAUUCAAGAUUCCUCCCAAUACACGAUGGCGCGUCAAUCGAGAAAAGAUGCGCGGCGCACUCUUGCAGGGUAUCGAGGACCAUGUUCAUUGGGGGCGGCGCGUGGUGGGUUUGAACUUCCCGGCAAAUACACAGCGAGUGCAAGUGGUGUUUGAAGAUCAGAGCACCGACACCGGAAAGCUGGUUGUUGGGGUUGAGGGCAGUCGCUCUAUGGUCCGGCAGGUCCUUCGGCCAGAUUCUUUCAAUAAUGUUCCACUUGGAAUCAACUUUACUGGAGUCGCAGUCGACAUGACCGCCGAGGAGAUCAAGCCGUUGCGGGAUAUGGAUCCAUUGUUAUUCCAAGGAUGCCACCCACCUACAGGAGCCUUCUUCUGGUUCUCAACGCUUGAAACACCAGAUGUGAAUGGAACAGCUGGGACCGAAUCUGAGCGAUAUCGAGCACAGAUUUGCAUGUCGUGGCCAGAGAGGGGACCAGAGGAUAGGGUGGCUAAAACAGAUGAGAGUCGCUUGGCCAACAUGAAACAGCGAGCACGGGGAUUUGUGUCCUUCCUUCAACAAACGGUUGAUCGUAUACCCCUUGGAACGCCCGUAACCGAGAUCAAACUUGCAGAUUGGGAGUGUCUGGAUUGGAGUAAUCGAGGGGGUAGAGUGACCUUGGCAGGGGAUGCGGCACAUGCCAUGACAAUGUAUCGUGGGGAAGCAGCUAAUCAUGGUAUCCUUGACGCGUAUCGUUUGAUGGGGGCCAUUGAACAAAUCUACAAUGAAUCUGCUACUGCCUCUGUCGCCAUCGAGGGCUAUGAACUGGAGAUGAGAGAUCGUACGAGACGUGCGGUGUGUUUAAGUCGCCAGGCGUGUCAAGAUGCGCAUGACUGGGAACGACUAGAUGAAUCAUCAGCUAUAUUGACAAGGCGAGCCGUCAUUGGAAAAUGA